UAUCAGACUGUGGCAGCGAAUCAUACAACGUAUCACAAUAUAUAGACCAUUUCUUAUUACCCCUAGCAUGCCAACACCCAUCCUACCUUAAAGACACUAACGAUUUCAUUCAGAAAAUCAAACAGUUAAGAGUCCCCGAACACACCGUUUUAAUAUCCAUCGACGUACAAAGCAUGUACACGAACAUUGAUAAUAACAUAGGUAUUGAAGCAGUUAGGAAAGCAUUUCUUAGGAACCCGCAAGCAUCCAGGCCGGACGAAGAAAUCCUCAAACUACUCAACAUUUGUCUGAGGAGGAAUGACUUCGCUUUUAACGACCAAGUAUACCUUCAGUCUUCCGGAACUGCGAUGGGAAAACGAUUUGCCCCGAGUUAUGCAAAUCUCUUCAUGGCGGAGUGGGAAAGGGAAGUUCUGCCACUCUGUCCAUUAAAACCAGAUUUCUAUGGGCGGUUUUUAGAUGACGUUUUCAUAGUCUGGACCUACACACUAGACGAAUUUUGGACGUUUUUCAACAUCCUGAACAAUCAUCAUCCAUCUAUCAAAUUAACCGCAAAUGUAAGCCAUAACAGCAUAGAUUUCCUUGAUACUACCGUUUUUAAAAGUAACAACACCAAAAUCACAGGCCAAUUGGAAACUAAAGUAUUUUUCAAAGAAACCGACACACAUCAAUUAUUGUUCAAAAGCUCCUUUCACCCAAAACAUACAUUCUCUGGCAUCAUAAAAUCUCAGAUUCUCCGUUUUCAUAGGAUAUGUACUCAGAAGACCGACUUUGAGUCAGCAUGUACAUUGGUAUUUAGCAAACUACGGGAAAGGGGAUACUCCAAACGCUAUCUACGACGUAUAAAAAACAACACUCUAGCUGAGCUUGCCGCCAAAGAAACAAAUAAUAUACAAUCAGCACAUAAAACCAAAAUUUGUGGCCAUCCAAGAUGUCAAACAUGCAAAAUCUUAAACAUAUCCGACCAUUUCCAUAACAAAACAUCUGGCACAAAAUUCCCAAUAUUAGACCAACUUUCAUGCAGUAGUUCAAACAUAAUUUAUCUUAUCUCAUGCAGAAAAUGUGACAAGCAAUACGUAGGGGAGACUCAAAAUGCACUUAGGGAAAGAAUUAACGGUCACCGGUCUGACAUAGUCACCAAAAAAGACAAACCUGUCUCAAUUCAUUUCAACCAACCAAAUCAUGACAUUUCAGAUCUCAUUGUCACGCCAAUAGAAAAGACCAAGAGCGACUUUGAAACUUCAGAAGAAAUUAAAACGUUUAGGCUAACAAGAGAAAAAUUCUGGAUUGACAAAUUGAAAACAACAGCCCCCCUAGGUUUGAAUAUUCAUACGGCUAGCGCAAUAGCUCCUUUUGUAGUUCCAUUUAGCGCAACAGCAGCAAGUGCGUCCAAAAUCAUCAGAAAACACUAUACUGAUCUCCAAGAAAAUCACCCGAAAAUAUUCACACAGAAACUUAUAAUUGCAUAUUCUAAAAAUAAAAAUCUGAACGACAUCCUAGUGCACAGUAAAUUAGAUUAAAUAAGACCAGUCUCCACCCUGACCCAAAACAAACCAUAUAUCAAAUCCUAUGCCUAACCGUUAGUAAUUAAAAUCAAUUAGAUAUAAGAAUCCCUAGCCGUAACCCGGUGAUGUGGAACAAACACGAUUUUUUUAUAAAAUCCAAUCCGUUGUAGGAAACACACUAAUGUGGCUCUCUCCCGAGAGCCUCAAAUUUAUUUUCUUUUCUCUUCAGAAACAACAAUACCAGAAUACCAGAAGCACCACCCAAGGAAGACCAUCAGCGCCACCAACACCAAUAAACAGUGAAAUCGCCUUUGUAUAUAAAUCUAAUGUAUUGUGCCAGGGCAAUGUUUCAUAGAGUGGAAUGAUUGACCUCAACACAAGUAUUAAAAAAAAAAGAAGCAAAACAGGUCUACAUCUCAAAACCUGAUCUCUUCCUGGACUGGCUUUAGGAGAACGAUGAUGCAUAUCAAUUUCAUCCCUGAUCUCUAUGACACAUGUGGUGGAAGUGGAGGGCAAAUCGUAAUCAGUUUGGGUUCCAGCCCCGAAGACCUCUGUAAACUUUGCUUUUUGGUGAUGACUUAAUUUCCGAGCUUGAAAAGGACGCUUGUGUGUUUAUCAUGGCCUCUCAUAUUGGAAGAUAACAUUAAUGGCUUGUGUGUUGAUCGACGGUUGUGCAUAUCUCUUGGUCAGGAAAGUUGUAGGCACCAUCGCCAUUGUAAAUCAUUUGACAGGCCCGAGUGAACGGGGCGACCUAUGAUUGGUCAGCAAUGUAUCAGAUUCCAUACCGGGGGGGGGGGAUGAAAAAACUGUUGUAGUGUUACAUAAUCAGAUUAUUUCAACUUACUUAUCCUGUGGAAAUACAGCUAUAUAGGAGAUAUUUUGAAAUUCAUAGGCACUGCAUGUUUCAACAUUUUAGAUUUGACCACAAUCUGGCACUUGAAACUAUGUUAACAGAGAAAAACUGUGUGGUUUUCGAUGAAAGUGUUAAAAGUCUAAUAUUGCAUCAUGAUUACUGUUUUAAAGUAUUUUCGUGUUUGAUUUAUAUUGAAUUCAUCUCAUCUUUUUGAAGAAUGCAUUUAUGUUCAAAAAUAAAAAUGUUCUGUGGAAUUCAAAAUUCAUGUGCUUUUAAAUUAUCAGAUUCCAAACUGGGGGGUAGGGAUGAAAAAGCUGUUGUAGUGUUACAUAAUCAGAUUAUUUCAACUUACUUAUCCUAUGGAAAUACAGCUAUAUAGGAGAUAUUUUAAAAUUGAUAGGCACUGCAUGUUUCAACAUUUUAGAUUUGACCACAAUUUGGCACUUGAAACUACGUUAACAGAGAAAAACUGUGUGGUUUGCGAUGAAAGUGUUAAAAAGUCUAAUAUUGCAUCAUGAUUACUGUUUUAAAGUAUUUUCGUGUUUGAUUUAUAUUGAAUUGUAUUUAGAAAACGGAGGAAACCGAAUGACCCAGCGAAAAAACUCAAGAGAUUGGACAGGCGACUCUACUCCUUGAAAUUGAAACCAUGCCACUUAACACAAUGACAGACCCUGUGAUUUCAUGCGCAUGCAUUACCUACUAGACCAUUUCCCCCAGCCCCACCCCAUAUCGAAUAAAAGUAUGACUUAUUUCAAAUAUGAUAUUUACAUAUAAAGAAAGUAGAGAGACUUCAAUCUUACUAGAAAAAUACUAGAUUACCUGAAAUGAAAUGGGGUUUAAAGACAACGUCCUACUGGUCAGCUCCGACUGGUCUAAUGCAUUGUGCUAAGUGAAAAUGUUUGUCUGGGCAGCGACACUAUGGCCGACUCUCAUACCGAAUUCAAACUGCCAAGAGAACUUUUAUGUGUACGCCAAUGUGUACAUUGGAUCUCAGGGGAAACCACUCUGCAAAAUCAAGAUGAGCUUUCUCGGUCAACCCCAAGAGAUAACCUGUGGCCUCCAUGCUAGUGUGCCAGCACCUAAUUUACUCAGUCACCAUGGCCGUCUUCUAAUUACUGCUACAGUGAAACCAUGUGACAAACAAGGAUUAUUAAGAUAGACUUUUACGGCUUGGUAGUUCCUUGGGAUUAAAACUUUUGAUACAUAUAGAUACAUUAGUUUCAAUUUCAUAUCACACAGUUUGUAUAUAUGGUAAGGUAGCUUUAAU